GACUGUUGCUAUUAGACUGAUGGAGUGCUGGUUAUCAUCAGUUAAAUAUAUGGUGGAAUCUUGCAAUCGGCAUGUCUUAGUUGUGAUUAUAUGAAUAUCUUAAUUGAGGUUAGAUAUAUUUUUUAUAAGAUUAUCAAAUUUACUGUACAAUAUAACUUGCGUUGUGUUAUUCUUCAGAAAAUAACCUAGAAACAAAUAAUUUAUUGACUGGGAUUGUCAUUGUUUCUUUCGUAGAAUUUUUCAUUACAUAGACUACUUAUUUAUAGUAGAGAAAUGUCUCAAAAAACGUUGUUUAAUUAUUUUAACAAAAGUAUAACAUCAAAUGGGAGUCCAAAUAAUACAAAAUCAAGUCCACCCAAAACGCCAUCCCUCAAACGCAAGUUGGAUAAUGGCAAAGAAAAAGACAGUCCAAAGUCGGUUAAUGGAUCUGUAAAGAAAAAGACACCAGUGUCAAAAAAGAAAAAAGAAGAAGUCGUAUACAAGUCCGAUAGUGAAGAAGAAGAAACAAAGACUCCUCCUGAAAAGAGAAGACGAGUUUUUGAAAUAGAUAGUGAAGGGGAUGCUACAGAAGAUGAAUUUAUACCAGAUGAGCAUGACGAGAGCUCAGAAGAUGAAUCUUUAUCUGAACAUUCAGAGUCAGAACCAGACACUGCGUCAGAAGAUGGAAGUCCAGUUAAAAAAGUCCGGAAACACAAUCCAAAAGACAAUAAAAAAGGAGGAACCAAGAAAAAAUCUGCUCCAUCAGUUACACCAGCCAAAGCUAAACUUCAGCUGUUCAAACCAUCCACACCGUCUACUCCAGGAAACAAAGAGAAUGCUGUCUUGGACGGAGGAGAUAGUAACUGGCCUCAUCUUAAGUAUGAUUUCCUCCAGCCAAACAGAAUAAAGGACAUAAAGAUGAGACCGCCAAGCCACCCUGAGUAUGACCCUAGAACAGUGCAUGUUCCUGAUGAUUUCAAACAAAAUUUGACUCCUGCCAUGAGACAAUGGUGGGAGAUGAAGGCCAAACACUAUGAUUGUAUUUUGUUUUUUAAAGUGGGCAAAUUCUAUGAGUUGUACCAUAUGGAUGCUGUCAUUGGAGCUACAGAAUUAAGCUUACUCUACAUGAAGGGGGAUUUUGCCCACACCGGAUUCCCAGAGGUAGCAUAUGGGAAGUAUGCAGCAGCGCUUGUCGAGAGAGGACACAAAGUGGCCAGAGUCGAGCAGGUGGAGACCCCAGACAUGAUGGGAGAGAGAGUCAAGAAGAUUAUUAAACCCACAAAGUUUGACAGAGUUGUGAAAAGAGAAAUCUGUCAGUUGACUUCCAAGGGGACCAGAGUGUUCACGGUCCAGGAUGGAGAAUCUGUUGGUGCGGAUGCUUCCUAUCUUUUGGCUCUCACUGAGAAGGAAUGCGAUGGUGGAAAGUCUUUGUAUGGAGUUUGUUUUGUGGACACUUCAAUUGCAAAUUUUCACCUUGGUCAAUUUACGGAUGACAAGCAUUGCUCACGGUUGCGUACCUUGUUUGCCCACUAUCCUCCAGCUCAGGUUUUGUACGAAAGGGGUCAGCUAUCCCCACGUACUCAACAGGUGCUAAAUACUUCUUUGACUUCUGCAAUCAAAGAACAUUUAGCUCCAGAGUCAGAAUUCUGGAGUUCUACAAAAACUUUGACAACUUUGUCAGAAAGAAAGUAUUUUGAAGAUGGCACUCCUGAAGGACUUAAGCCAUUUCUUAGUGAUUCUGACUCACUGGGCCUGACUGCAAGCGACGAGGCUGACCUUGCAGUGAAGGCUCUUGGUGCCGUCACAUGGUACCUGAGUAGGUGUCAGUUAGACCAGCAGUUGCUAUCAAUGGGCCAGUUCACAACAUAUAAGCCUGUAGAUCAAGAGGUUCCUUUACAAGAGGAUAAGAAGUCGUCAGAUGUUAUAACUGCUAGACAUAUGAUUCUUGACUCCACUACUCUGAAGAACCUUAAUGUUUUGGAAAACUCAUGUGGUGGAACAGCUGGCACUUUAUUGUCAAAGUUGGACCACUGUUCUACCCCCAUGGGAAAAAGGUUACUCCACCAGUGGUUGUGCAGUCCGUUGACAGGGAUCAAGAGUAUUGAGGCUCGGCAGCGUGCUGUCACAGAACUGAUUGGUCAGCCCGACCUGGUGCAGAGUGUACGAGGCCUCAUGACCAAGCUCCCAGACCUGGAGAGACUACUGUCAAGGAUAUUCGCUCAGAGUAGUCGUGGACAAAAUGCUUCUCACCCAGAUAGUCGAGCCAUAUUCUUUGAAGAAAAAACUCAUUCAAAGAAAAAAAUCAUAGAGUUUAUAUCAGUUCUAAAUGGGUUUCAAGCAGCUCAAGAAAUUGCUGAAAAAUUUCAGGGCUCAGGUGUUGGAGAGUUAUCUGAAAUUCUUUGUCAGUGCUCCCAUUUUCCAUCCACCAACCCUCCUGGAAAGUUUCCAGAUCUAUCGGAUCAUCUAACCUUUUUCAAGAAUGCGUUUGACCACACAGAGGCCAGCAAAGAAGGUCACAUCAUACCAAGUGCUGGUGUGGAUCCAGACUAUGAUGAAGCUGUUGAAGCUUUAACUUUACUAGAGUCCGAGCAGAAAGCAUAUCUGAAAAGUCAAUGCGAAUUCUUUAAAACUACUUUGAAGUACGUUGGAACAGACAAGAAGAGGUUCCAGCUGGAGAUACCAGAAGCUGCCUGUCGCAAGAUUACCUCCUCGGACUAUCUGCUGCAGGGUCAGAGGAAGGGCUUUAAGAGGUAUUGGACUUCCAAAACUAAGGAGUUUUUGGAAAACCAAAUGGCGGCAGAAGAAAGAAAGAAGAACGUCUUACACGGCCUAAGAAAACGAAUUUUCUCUCGAUUCAGUGAAAGGUACACAGAUUGGAUGGCAGCGGUUCAGUGUGUAUCAGUACUAGAUGUACUUAUGUCCUUUGCCGAGUACAGUAGACGUCAAGAGGGUGACAUCUGCAUUCCAGAGUUCCAGCCAACUGACACAUGUAUUCAGCCGUUUGUGAAGCUCAAAGGUGGCAGCUAUCCAUGUACCACUGGGGACGAAGUUUUCAUCCCAAAUGACACAGUGAUUGGAGACCCUACCACACGAUCUCCCAGUCUGAUACUGGUAACCGGUCCCAACAUGGGAGGCAAGUCCACACUGAUGCGACAACUAGGACUCCUCACCAUCAUGGCCCAACUGGGAUGCAGAGUACCAGCAGAGAGCCUUAAGUUGAGCCCAGUGGACCGCAUCUUUACCCGACUUGGAGCUAAUGAUGACAUUAUGGCAGGAGAGAGCACCUUCUAUGUUGAGUUGUGUGAGACGUCUGCUAUCCUAGCUCAUGCCAGUAAACACUCUCUUGUCCUUAUCGAUGAACUAGGUCGAGGAACAUCAACAUAUGAUGGAACUGCCAUAGCGCAUGCAGUGUUAAGACAACUGACAACGAUGCAAUGUCGGACACUGUUUUCUACUCAUUACCACUCUCUGGUUGAGGAUUUCAAGGACUGUGAUAAUGUUGCUCUUGGUCACAUGGCAUGUAUGGCAGAGUCGGAGAUGGAGGAGGAGGGUGAGGGGAUACAAGAAAACAUAACUUUCCUGUACAAGUUUGCAGCCGGAGCCUGUCCAAAAUCAUAUGGAUUCAACGCUGCUAGGUUGGCAGGCGUACCGGCUCACAUUAUCAAAGUGGGGUAUGCUCGCGCUAAGGCGCUUGAGGCUGAGUGUCGCUUGCGCAAGACAUUCCAGAACAUUUUCUUAAAGGAGAUUAACGUUGAUCUGUUCAAACAGCAGAUUUCAGCUCUCUAAAUAAGUACCUGAAGAUUUCUUAACGUUUUCUUGUUUUCUAAUCAUCACUUAUGUAUCAUAACUAUAAUUAGAAGUUAAUCUAGAAAUAAGUUAGAUUUACAAUGAUUUAAAUUAGAAAACCCGAGCUUUUGCAACUUCCCUAUGAGAAAGUUUGACUAACUUCUGUUAUUUUAAAUAGGAGCCUAGUAAUAUGUCAAAUGAAAAAUUCAGUCAUAACAACUCUUAAAAAAGAAGUUUAUUGAGGCAGCCAUUUUGAACGGCAUAGCAACCUUUACUAUAAUACUGUCAGAUGCGUGUUGAACGUAGCCACACAGGGCCAUUCAGAUUACGCUGCUACUCCAUUCUGCUCGGUGAUCAUAUGCCUCAGCAGUUUAUUUUCCAAUUGACCCUCAUAUCAAGCAGAUAAAAAAUAUACAUUUAUUUUCAAACCAAUAACUUAAAAUGUAAACUCCAAUUACAAAUAGGGAUUAUGUCAGCUGUCCUUCAAGCAAAGAAUAAAAGUGCCUUUAUGAUGCAAUAGUGAAAAUGUUAUGUAAUUUACUUUCUAAAUAUAUAAGUUGCACUUUUAAACCUUAUAUGCCAGUAUCCGGUGUAGAGAUGUUUUAGGUAUGUUGGUAGUACCGGCACUCUGUUAAUACAGAAUGUGGCAGUGAAAAGAUUAUCACUUUACGUAUAAAUAUUAUGAUGUAUAUAAUAAAUCAUCAGCAGUAACGCUUUGAAAUCAUUUAAUUUUUAAAUAACGUGCUUGGUUAGAUUGAGAUCUUGUAAUAUGUCACUUCUUUUUUGGUGUUGUUUUGAUAUAAUUGCCUAAGUUUGCUAUAUUUAUUGAGAGUUUCACAUUAAAUUUACCUUUGAAGAGUUUAAUUUAAUCCUAAGUAGUAAUAACUAAAAUGAUAUAAUACAACAGAUUCUAUUUCAUUUUGCAAAUGUGUUUUUCUGAGGAUAAGAGAGAGUGAAAAUAAUAAACAGAUCUGAAGAUGAGGGGAGGGGGAGGAAAUUUUACAGCUGGCAUUGCUUGUAACAACUAUUAGUGACUUAAUAGUUAAGUGGAAUCAAAUGUGUAUAAAGUUUAGGCUUUAUUUCACAAUUAAUUGUAUUGCAUACACAUUCUGCAUUAUAAAAUUCAAUGGUUACUGUUGUUGGAUUUUCCACUAGAUUAUAUCAAACAGCUAGUUUAAUAAUUCAGUUUGUUGAUGACAUGAAUAUUAGGUGUUAGUUAUUAUAAAAAAGACAUAUUUCUCUGUAUGAAAUAUGAGUUUUGAGACAUACAUAUAAAACAUGUGCAUAAAGUAAAUUGCCUUGUUGAGGAUAAAAUUAGACAUUGGCCAUUAGAAAAUAGAUAUAAUAAUAUAGUGUAUCCAAAACUAUAAUAAACAACCAAUAAUAUUACUGGUUGUUUCAUUAUGGAUAACAUUGAGUAAAAUCUUUCCUUAGUCAAAACUCUUUUGUGGGUUGAUGAACAAGUUUUAUAUUUAGAAGUAUUUAUUUACUUUUGAAUUAUACUUUUUGUGUUUUAGCUUUUACAAAAGAAAAACAUAUAGUCCAUACAAUAGUUUGUUAUUGUCAAAGUUGCAUCAAGUGAUUGUUUAGUAAGUGAGUUGAAAUUCUGUGAUUUGGCCCAGUCUACAUUACUUUGGUUUGUUCACAGAGUUUCCUAUACAGGUCAAAUUUUGUUUAUAUGUUUAUUUUACACUAUAUACUUUUUUAAUUGUGUCAAUGAAACAAGCGGUUUUGAACUAAAAUCAAUAUUGCUUUGUGUUGUCAAGGCAGGUUUGUACAUUUAUUUCAUUAUUUCUUUUUACAUAAUACUCAACUGUUCCUGAAACAUUGUUUGUUCUUGUGUUGUUGUAUACUUGUGUUAAGUUUUUCAAUGUUCCAUUAAAUGUGAUUUUAUCAAAUCAGA